AUGAUGAAAGCUCCACAGAAGAUCAAACACCUACUUUGGCAAAUCAUCUCGGGUUACCUCGCUGUAACAAAAAACUUGAUCCAUCGAGGGAUGAAGUGCGACAACAAUUGUCCCAGGUGUGGAGCCGAGGACGAAUCUAUAAACCAUGCCAUCUUUGAAUGCCCACCAGCUCUACAGACAUGGGCCCUUGCCUCCACUGCUACGCCGCCAAGUGUUUUCCCUUCCUCGGGUGUUUACACAAACAUGGAUUACCUCUUUUGGCGGCGACCAGACAUGGGGGACGGCGAAGAGGAGUCUGACCCAUUUCCAUGGAUUAUCUGGUUCAUAUGGAAAGCUCGGAAUGAAAAACUCUUCCAGGGUAUAUCACGUGAUCCCCUAGGAACGGUCCGUCAUGCAGAAGCAGAGUGUCGUGCCUGGCAUGAAGCGCAAAUUAAAACUUCCCUCCCACCGGCAAUCCAGAAUCAAGCCAUACGCUUGCAAAAUAUAUGCCUCGUUGAUGGUUCUUGGCAUCAAAAACAUGUCUACAGUGGAUAUGGAUGGGUGUGGAUUAAUCCGGAUGGAAGCCAAAACAUGCUUGGACUUCAUAACCAACCACGACGGCUCUCGCCACUCCAUACGGAAUUGGAACCUCUUCUGUGGGCCAUGCAAUGUGCACUCCACCACUCGACUAUUCAAGCCUUCGGAACAGACUGCCAAGAUGUGAUCAAGAUGAUUCACAAGCCCGAAGACUGGCCAAAAUUCUUAACGGAGCUACUGGAGUUCAAGAGGCUAAGGAGCUCGGUCACAUCCUUUUCCAUCAUUUAUGUGCCUCGGAAUUUUGUUUGUAAAGCCGAUCAUUUGGCUAGGCUUGCUAGGUCUUUUGUUAGGCCCCUUUUGUUUAUUGGUUGUUCUAUUCCGGAGUGGGUAAUCACUCCAACUCAAGUUUGA